UUAUUUUGCAGUACUACAUUCAGUGUUUACUGCUUAAGAAUUUUUGAAAUUGCCGCCCUUUUCUUGUGACACGUUUCGCUUGCCAGACUCUAUAUAGGUGUUAUUUAGUGUUUUCUUUUUUUUCUUAAAAUAUUUCCUCAUUAGUAAGAUUGUAGUACAAUCAACUCAACUCCAGAAAAAUGCACGCGUUGAGGUUCGAUCAUAGAAUUAAUAAGUACUACGUAGUACUUAUUAAUUCUAUGGGUUCGAUACGGAUUACGGAUAACCAAAGAGUAAAAAUGUGCGGAUAACGGAAGGACGAAUUAUUUAUUUUUGGUUUAUAUUCUCGUUGAAAUAAAAACAAAAGAAAAUAUCGUUUUAGAUAAAAUAUCGAUAUUGGAUAUUUGAUAUCGAUUUAUUAUAACAAAAUAAUAUACUGCCUAGAAAUUGAAACUAGACGAAUUGAAAAUAUCGGGAUAUCGAUGUUUAUUUGUUUGUUGACAAGCUUACUGUCUGUCACUCUCCGUUAGGAGUACUAUUAUUCUAUGCUGUCACCAAAGCUGUCACUUAAUUUAAAAACCAAAAAGCACAUUGUUUGGGUAAAUUCUUAAAAAUCAUAAUUUUGUUUGUUUGUUAUUUUGAACUUUAUAAUGGCAGAUACCGACGUUUUUGAAGACAAUCAAUAUCCAGAUAAUGACGAAUUUGUUCCAUACGUUACUGCUAGUAAUCUCGCACAGAAGAAUGGCGCGAAAGUAACACUUUGGGGUAAAGUUACCAAAGUUUCGGCGAGUGAAGGCUUUUAUGUAAAAACUGUCGAUGAUCAGGAAGUGUUGAUAAGGUUGAAGAGACCAUUGAACGAGCCACUUGAAGGAUGGUACGAAAUCUACGGUAUUUCCCAAGGCAAGAGUGUAUUGUGUGAUGAAUAUGUCCCUUUUUCUGAGGAUAUGUGUAAAAACGUUGAUACUGAAGGACACAAAGGCCUCGCAAGAUUGCUAGUUGCAUUAGAUGAUCCAUGGAAUCUUGGCGAAGAUAGUACCAACAGUAUGAAUGGUGUCACACCUAUGAUGGUAUAAGUUUUAAUCAACCCAGUAUCAAGCCAUGCAUUUUUAAGAUUUUUUUUUACUACAGUUUAAUUUUAAAAAAUCAGAAGUGGAAAAAACCCACAAGUAAAGAGGAAAUGGAAUUUAAAGAUGAUAGUACUACAUUUAAAAUUAUCAAAUUUUUAACCAGCGAGGAAAACAAUCAGUGUAUGAAAAUAAGUUGUCACAACAAUAUUCACUGAAGUAGAAUAUUUGUUCUAUUUAUAAAAGGUAAUUAAUUGUAGUUACACAAUGAAGAGUCUUGAAUAUAUUCCAUGUAUGUUUAAUAAAUUGUAUAAAUCUAGUUCUACUAAUAUAGGAUUAUUGAGAAUAAAAUGAUUUAAUUUUUAUUAUCUUUAUUAUAAAAAUAUACAAUAAUCUGCACACUACAAUAAUCUGCAAUAUAUCUAAUCUCUACACUAACAUACCUGACACUGUUGAGUGUACACGAAAAUUUCAAUAAAUCUCUACACCUGUGAAACACAGUAUGAAUUUGUUUGAAAAUGAUUAUUUAUUUAUGUGAUUGAAUUUUCUUUUUGUACAGCCCACUUCGAUUAUCAUGAAAGGUCUAGUUUAUCGAAUAAACUAUGUAACUUGGCUAUUUGUCCCUAAUUCAUAAAGGACAUACUCAAAAAUAAGUUAUUAGAUGGAUCAAGAAUGAAUUUCGAAAUCAAAGAGGGUGGCUCUGCCAUUACAAUACUAUUUUGUAAAUGCAAAAAAUAUAUUUUUUCAAAUAACUGUAGAAUGUACAAUGCACUCUAUAAUUUGACAUCACUGCACAAUGUUUCUCAGAUAACCGUUGGUCCACUGUAUUGUACAUGAUAAAAUAGAUACAAAUGUUGGGGCGACAGUAUAACAUAACUCAUGAUUUUAUUCAAUCAAAAUCACAUUAAUAAUUAAGUACACAUUACUUAGGGAAUGUUAUGCUUAAAAUAUUUUAAAGUAAGUUACAUAUAGAUUACACAAAAAUUUAUAUAGAAGAUACAAUAUUACGUCAAUUAUUUCCUUAUAAAUAUUCUCAUAUGGUUGACUGACUUGUAAACGUAGGUACCUUGUGUUCUCAAAAACAAAAAUCUUUAAUCAUUACUAAUAAUAAAGCUAAAGAGUUUGUUCGUU